AUGGCAGACGCUCCGGAAGAUGUGAAUGGAACGGGCCAAGAGAAUAAUCAAGACAACAGUAACAAUCAGCCUCAACUUACGGCGGAUCAAGCUGGAAAUGGUAAUGCCGAAGCAACAAACGCGAAUGGCAACUCUGAAAAUCACGCCGUGCGCGAUGAUGACAGAAAAUUAUUCGUUGGUGGACUAAGUUGGGAAACAUCAGACAAGGAACUUAAGGAACACUUUAGCCAGUACGGUGAUAUCGAGAGCAUCAAUGUGAAGACAGAUCCGAACACUGGACGUUCGCGGGGUUUCGCAUUUAUCGUGUACAAAUCCGCUGAUUCGAUUGAUAAAGUCGUGUCGGCCGGUGAUCACGUUAUCAACAACAAGAAGGUUGAUCCCAAGAAGGCUAAGGCACGUUACGGCAAAAUCUUCGUGGGUGGUUUGACCUCGGAAAUCAGCGAUGAGGAGAUAAAAACAUUCUUCGGACAGUUUGGAAAUAUCGUGGAGGUAGAAAUGCCAUUCGAUAAGCAGAAAAACCAGCGUAAAGGAUUCUGCUUCAUUACGUUCGACUCUGAGCAGGUGGUGAAUGAGCUACUGAAAACCCCUAAGCAAACCAUUUCCGGCAAGGAGGUCGACGUGAAGAAGGCAACUCCUAAGCCGGACAACAUGGGACCAAUGGGUCCGAUGGGCGGUCGCGGUGGUAUGCGUGGUCCGCCACCACGCGGCAUGCGUGGUGGUCGUGGUGGUCCCGGUGGACCAAAAGGCGGAUAUGGACAAGGUUGGGGCGGACAAGGAUACGGCGGCUACGGAUAUGGACAAGGAUACGGCGGUGGUUACGAUGACUAUGGUUAUGGAGGAUACGAUGGUGGUUACAUAAAUGGAGGCCGUCCGGGAGGUCCUCGAGGCGGGGGCAAAGGUGGCGCUGGUACCUAUGGUGGUGGAAAGCAGCGAGGCAAUGGCGGCGGAGGUCGUCAACAACGUCAUGCCCCCUACUGA